AUGGUAGUUCAUGUUCCAGGUUUAACUGGAUUGAAUCAUUUCACAUCUUCAAAUUCGUCAAAUAAAUAUAUAUCUCCAUCUUUAAAAUUAAAUGAUCAAAUAAUAGAUGAUAGAACAUUACAAUUUCAUCAAGAUUUGCAACAACAAUCAUCAACUUCAUCAAGAAAUCAAUUAUCAAAAAGAUUUAUUCAACCAGGUAAUUUAGAAGUUAAAGAAGCAAAUUAUAAAAUAAAUAUACCUGAUUUUGCAAAUUUACAACCGAUUCAAUUAGGUUCAAAAUUUAUAUCAAAUAUAAAUAAAAUUGAUUCAAAUAUACCGCAUGAUAUUUUUUAUUCAGAAACUUUAAAUAAAUCUACUGAAGGUAAUUUAGAUAAUUAUUAUUUCAAUUAUGAAAAUGGUUUGAAAGAUUUUUCAAGAUUUGAAAAAUUACAACAAUUGGAUUUACCCGAUCGUUUUUUUGAAGAAUAUCAAACAGUUAAUAAAAUUCAAAAAAUUGGUUUAUUUCUUGAAAUUGAAAGAAGUUGGAUUGCAAUUGAUAAUAAAUUAAUAUUUUGGAAUUAUAAAUUACCACAAUCUUCAUUUAAUCAAUCAUCACAAUUUUUAACUAUUGACCAAAUUAAACAUUCAAUUUUACAAGUACAAUUGGUAAAACCAAAAAAGGGUGUAUUUUUAGAAGAAGUUAAUUAUUUAUUAUUAGUUGCAACUACAAAUGAUAUCCAUAUUUAUAUUGUAAAAUAUGAUAAAGGUAUGAAUAAUUUGGAAAUUUUUAACCCUCAUUUAUCUGUAUCUACCCAGGGCUUAAAUGUUAAUACUAUAGUUGUUAAUCCAAAAACAAAUGACAUUUAUUUCACAGGUGAGAGUAGUAUAAAUAUAUGGAGAUUAGAUUAUUCAAAUAAAGCUACAUUCACUAAAAAUAAAUGUGAUAAAGUUUGUUUAACAAAAGGUGGAUUAUCAAGUGUUUUACCAAAUAAAUUACCAGGUUUUGGGUUUGCAUCUGGUGAUGCUAAUGCUAAUGUACCUGAAAGUAUAGUACAAUUGGAAAUUGAUGGUGAUAGAGAUAUAUUGUAUUCAUUAUCUAAUAAAUCAGUUAUUAGAGUUUAUAAAUUUACAAAACAAGUUGAACAUUUACAUGAAGGUAGUACUUUAACACCAAGUCAAAUUUUCAAAAGUGCAUCUAGUGUAUUUGUUGAUGCAAGUAAUUUAAAAAUUUUUGAAAGAUUUAAAAUUAUAAAUAUUUAUAAAGUUACACAACAAGAAUCACAUUCAAUACAAUUAAUUGCAAUUACAAGUACUGGUUGUCGUAUAUUAUUAAAAUUGGGAUCUACUGGUACUUUUUCAUCAUUAUUAACUACAUCAUUUUCAGCUGCAAAUGCAUUAAAAUUAAAUCUUGUAAAUAUUAAAUUCCCACCAACUAGAGACUUACCAAAUGCUAAUCCAGAAUUGGAUCAAUUUACAAGAGAUAGACAAUAUAUUUCUCAAUUAAUUGACAAUCAACAAAAAUCACAAUUACUUAAAAAUACAAAAUUUGCUAAAAUUAUAAGUCCUGGAGUUUUCAUAUGUGCUAAAAAGACAAAGAAAUCUGAUAAAUUAUUUAUUGCAACUGCAAAUUAUGGAUAUCUUAAAAAGAAUAAUAAAUUAGUUGAAGAUGCGGAAUUUAUAAAACAUGCUUCAAAUGAUGAACCAUUCACUUAUAUACAAGAUAUUGUACAAUUAACACCAUCAAUGAAUGCUACAAAUACUCCAAAUGGUUAUGCUAAUAUUGCAGCUAGUCAAUAUACUAAGGAACCAUUGAAAUUUGCAAUAUUGACAAAUUUCGGAAUAAUAAUAUAUCAAUUUAGAACAUCAGAUCAAAUUUUAAAACUGUUGAGUGAUGAAGUUAUAGAGAAUUUUAUUGAAGAAAAUGGUUAUGAAGAAACAUGUUCUAGUUUAUUAUAUCUUGCAUGUUCAUAUGGUGAAUAUAAUGCUAAUGAUAUUUAUAAACGAAAGGCACAAAUUUUAUUUUCAACUUGUGGUAAUGGUGCAAGAUUAGUUGAUACACAAACAAAUACUUCACAACAAUUGAUACCUCAUCAUCAAACGUCAAAUAUUUUACAUCCUACAGUUGAUCAAGUUGUAUUAAGUGAUAGAUUUUAUGGUACUUGUUUAUUAAUAGCUAGAUUACUAAGAGAUUAUUGGAAUUUAAAAGUAUUUUCACCAUUACCAAAUAUUAAAAUCAUGAGUAAUGGAGAUAUAGACAUUUCAAAUUUAAAAGAUAGUAAAUUAUUAAUUAAAGGGUUAAAUAUAGAUAAGAAACAAGUUGAAUAUUUUAUUGGUUCAAUUAUAGUGUUGAUUGAUUUUUUCAUUGAAAAUGGUGUUAAUAUUCAAGGUUUAAAUGCUCCAAAUUAUUCAUCUGAUCCAAAUCAUUUUGAAAGUGAAGUUUGUUUAAGAGCUGAACAUAUUGCAUUUACAUCAAUUAUAAAAUCAUUGAAUUCAAUGAAAGAAGCAUUAUCUUUUCUUAUGGUUUUAAUUGAAGAAAUUCAAAUUAAUCAAUCUAAUUUUACUGAAAUAUUUGAAUUUUUGUCAUUAGUUAAUCAAGCUAAUUUAUUAUCAAUUUCAUUUAAAGAUUUAUUAUUACCAAAUAAUGAUGUAAAGAAUUUGGUCAAAGACUUAUUAUCUUCUAUAAUUAAUAAAAAUAUACUUAAAGGUGGUUCUAUUGAUUUAAUUGCAAGUAGUUUACAAACUAGAUGUGGUUCAUUUUGUUCUGCUAAUGAUGUAUUUAUAUUCAAAGCAAUUGAAAAUUUAACAAGAGCAAAAAAGAUAGGGAUAAGAGAUAAUGAUUUAAAAAUUAAAUGUUUACAAAAUGCUGUAUUAUUAUUUGAAGAAGCUUAUGAAACUUUAACAUUAGAAAAUAUUGAGAGUUCAAUUAAUAUAAUGUUGGAUUUGGAAUUUUAUGCUGGUGCAGUUGGAAUGUUAUUAAAUAUUGCUCAAAAAUUAGGUAACAAUUUAAAAGUAGCCACAACUACACAAUUCAAUAUAAAACCUGAUGUUGCUGAAAUUACUAAAAAGAAGAAUAAUCUUUAUCAAAUUGUAUUUAAUAUACUUGUAAAAGUUGACUUAAAAGCUUUGAAAAUAACAGAAACAAAGAAUCAAUUAUUAAUUAAUGAAUUUUUGGAAAUUAGAGAUACUACAUAUGAUACAUGUUUUGCAUCAAAUGAUAAAGACUUUCAAUAUGCAUUUUAUGAUUGGUUUAUACAACAAAAUGUCCUGGAAAGAUUAUUAGAAAUCAAUACACCAUUUAUAUUAACUUAUUUAGAAGAAAAAUCUGAAAAUAAUUUAGCAAUGAGUGAUUUAUUAUGGUUAUAUCAUGCAAAAAGGGAAAAUUACUUUGAUGCUGCAAGGAUUUUAUAUGCAUUAGCUAUAUCACAAUUUAAUUUAGAAUUGAGUCAAAGAAUUGAAUAUUUAUCAAGAGCUAAUGGAUUCUGUAAUUGUGUUUGUCCUCCCAAUUUAAGACAAAAAAUGAUUCAAUUAGCUUCUGUAAUACAAGAAUUAUUUGAUGUUUCGAAUAUUCAAUUGGAUAUACUUACAAGAAUAAAAUCUGAUACAAGAUUAUCAAAAGAGAAUAAACAAAUUGCAAUAGAUGCGUUAAACUUCAAAAUAUUGUCAAUAAGUGAUUUGUUCAAUAAUUAUACCGAUAUACUAGGUUACUAUGAUUUAUCAUUAUUAAUAUUCAACUUUUCAGAUUAUAAAAACAGUGAUGAUAUACUUAAAAGAUGGGAAUUAUUUUUUGAAAAAAUAUAUUAUGAAAGUUCAAAAGAUAAACCAUUUUACAUUUUAUUAAAUGAAGAAUUUAUAUCCCGUGGUUCAAAAUUAUCAUCUAAUGAUUUAGUCUUCCCCAUUGAUGAAUUAGUCAAAUUAAUUGCUAAAUAUUUACAAGAAUCAUAUGAUGAAAAUCCAACAGUUAAAGCACCAAAAGGAAUAAUUGUUGAAAUGUUUAUAAAAUCAGGUAUAUCAUAUAAAAGACUUUAUUAUUCAUUAAAAUCAUUAAUUGAGCAUAAUACUUUUGAAAUUUAUCCUGGAUUCACUAAUGAAUUAAAAUCAAAUGAAAUGCCAUAUUUAAUUAAACAUUGGUAUAAUUCAGAUAAAAAAUUAAGAGAAUUAAUAAGUGUUGAACAAAUUGUAAGUAUGGGUGAUUUAUAUUCAAUUGAAAAAGAUCCAAUAAUUAGUUAUAUAAAAGGUAUAUAA